AUGCUAACCAGCUACUCUGCGUCUCUCAUCUCCCACAUCAUGACAAGGGAGUACAACCUGCCAUUCCACAGCUUCGAAGAAUUCCUAGAAGUUGGAACGUACCAGCUCGUGGUAGAACCUUAUAGUUCCCAGAUCAUGUAUUUCAAGAUGUCUAAUAACUCUGUUCUAAGAGAAGUGUAUCAGAAGUUCAUUGCGCCCAUAGAAUCCUCCCUCCCGAGGACUCUACUGGACCGACUAGAGAUGGUUUGUGCAAACAGAAAAUAUUCCGCCAUUGCUACAGAACGUGACGUUCUUGUAAACUUGGAUAAGUUAAACUGCACACUAAACAAAGUUCCAAACGCCUACCUAGCGGCUGCAGUUUCGUUUUCAAUACAAAACAAAAGUCCAUAUCGAGAAAUAUUCAAACAAACGUAAGUUAUUGUCAUUUUACACUUCAUACGU